CUGCACUUGCAUCCCAAACCGAACCCAAACAGACGGCGAGCGAGCGCGCAUAGAGAUCCGUGCUGUUGUGCGCCUGCGCAUUUAAACCCCGCCGCCGCGGGUUGGCCGAGAGAGCCGGCGCCGGCCCAGAGAGUGGAGAGAGAGAGAGAGAGUUAGAGAGAGGGAGGUGGUUGGUUGCCAUCCAUGGCGGGUCAUGCGGCGGCGGCGACGGCGGCGGGGGGGACGUGCCCGGCGCCGAUGCAGGCGACGUCGCACGGGGCGUUCCAGGGGGACAACCCGCUGGACUACGCGCUGCCGCUGGCCAUCCUGCAGAUCUGCCUCGUCGUCGUCGUCACCCGGGGCCUCGCCUACCUCCUCCGCCCGCUCCGCCAGCCCCGCGUCAUCGCCGAGAUCAUCGGUGGCGUUCUGCUGGGUCCGUCGGCGCUGGGCCGGAGCAGCAAGUUCUUGCACGCCGUGUUCCCGGACAAGAGCCUGCCGGUGCUGGACACGCUGGCCAACCUCGGCCUGCUCUUCUUCCUCUUCCUCGUCGGCCUCGAGCUCGACAUCGCCGCCAUCCGCCGCACGGGCAAGAAGGCCCUCGCCAUCGCGCUGGCAGGCAUCUCCCUUCCGUUCGCGCUCGGCAUUGGCACGUCGUUCGCGUUCCGCGCCACCAUCGUCAAGGGGGCACCGCAGGCGCCGUUCCUCGUGUUCAUGGGCGUCGCGCUCUCCAUCACCGCCUUCCCGGUCCUCGCCCGCAUCCUGGCCGAGCUGAAGCUCCUCACCACUGACAUCGGUCGCAUGGCCAUGUCUGCCGCGGCCGUCAAUGACGUCGCCGCCUGGAUCCUGUUGGCGCUCGCCGUUGCACUCUCUGGAGAUGGCUCACCCAUCAUCUCGCUAUGGGUGCUCCUCACCGCUACUGGCUUCGUCCUCGCCGUUUGCCUUCUCCUCCGGCCGUUGUUGGCGUGGAUGGCGCACCGGUCUCCCGAGGGUGAGCCGGUCAAGGAGGUAUACAUUUGUGCCACCCUCGCCAUCGUCCUUGCUGCCGGCUUCGUCACCGAUGUCAUCGGCAUCCAUGCGCUGUUCGGGGCGUUCAUGGUCGGCAUCGUCGUCCCCAAGGACGGGCCGUUCGCCGGCGUGCUCAUCGAGAAGGUGGAGGACCUCAUCUCGGGGCUCUUCCUUCCGCUCUACUUCGUCUCCAGCGGCCUCAAGACGGACGUGGCCACCAUCCGGGGAGCCAAGUCAUGGGGCCUUCUCGUGCUCGUCAUCCUCAACGCCUGCCUCGGCAAGAUCGGUGGCACGGUGCUCGCGUCAAUGGUCGUCAAGAUCCCUGUCAGGGAGGCGGUCACGCUGGGUUUCCUGAUGAACACCAAGGGGCUCGUGGAGCUCAUCGUGCUCAACAUCGGCAGGGACCGCAAGGUGCUCAACGACGAGUCGUUCGCUAUCAUGGUGCUCAUGGCCCUCUUCACCACCUUCAUCACGACGCCGAUCGUCAUGGCCAUCUACAAGCCGGCGCGGCCGUCGGUGCCGUACAAGCGCCGCACCGUGGAGGGCGCACCGGCGGACGCGGACAGCGAGCUCCGCGUGCUCGCCUGCUUCCACAGCAACCACAACAUCCCGACGCUGCUCAACCUCGUGGAGUCGUCGCGGGGAACGGGGCGGCAGCACCGCCUCGCCAUGUACGCCAUGCACCUCGUGGAGCUCUCGGAGAGGUCGUCGGCGAUCUCCAUGGUGCACCGCACGCGCCGCAACGCCAUGCCCUUCUUCAACAGCGGGGACAAGACGGAGCAGAUGGUGGUGGCGUUCGAGACGUUCCAGCAGCUGAGCUCCGUGAGGGUGAAGCCCAUGACGGCCAUCUCGGACCUCGAGACCAUCCACCGGGACGUGAUCGACAGCGCCGCCGGGAAGCGGGCGGCCAUCGUCAUCAUGCCCUACCACAAGCUGCUCCAGCACGACGGCUCCUUCCACUCGCUCGGCUCCCAGUACCACGCCGUCAACAAGCGCGUGCUCCGCGGCGCGCCGUGCUCCGUCGCCAUCCUCGUCGACCGCGGCCUCGGCGGCCACUCCCAGGUCGCCGCCAAGAACGUGGAGUUCUCCGUGGCCAUGCUCUUCUUCGGCGGGGCGGACGACCGGGAGGCGCUGGCGUACGCGACCCGCAUGUCGGAGCACCCCGGCGUGGCCGUGACGGUGACACGCUUCCGGCCUAGCCGGCCGCCGUCCGACGACGCGGCAGACGAGGCGGCGAUCGAGGCGUUCAAGGGCAAGGUGGAGGGGUUGAAGGACGGGUCGGCGAUGUACGAGGACGUUGAGGCGUCGGGCAAGGAGGAGGUGGUGCAGGCGAUCAACUCGCUGUCCAAGUCCAACAUGUUCGUGGUGGGGAGGAUGCCGCCGACGGAGCCGCUGGUGGAGAGGCCCGAGGAGCUGGGCCCCGUGGGGAGCUACCUGGCGUCGUCGGAGUUCAAGACGUCGGCGUCGGUGCUGGUGAUCAAGAGGUACGACCCGGCGACGAACCCGGCCAGCAAGAGGUUCGACCCCAAGGCGAGGCCGCCGGUGGCGACGGACGUGGAGGACGAAGAGAUGGGCGGCGCCAGCGCCAGCGCCACCGCCAGCGUGGUGCCCGUGCCGUGGACGCCGCAAAACGACCUGGCGUGAGCUGGUUCAUGGAGCUCCGGCCGGCCGGCAUCGUGGCCGUCAGACGUGCUUGGUCUCGUACGUGUUGGUUGUGAGUAGCGACGCGAUGAAGUGUACAUAGUGUGCUGUUGUGUAGUGCGUACGUGUUGCUGCUGUGCGUUGAGCCUUAAUUUGCUCGGUUUGUAUCCAUCUUUCUCAAAAUUUGUUGAGAGUUUCUCAAGCAUCCCAAGCAUACGUGUAUGCAUUCUCAUAAUAAUAAUAAAAAGCAUAUACAUAUACGUGUAUGCGUUCAGUUUUA